AUGGCGCGUUCACCGUCUCGCGCUGCAUCACCUGCGCUAGCCAAGUCGCCCAAGUUAACGAAGGCGCCGAAGUCCCCAGUGUCCCUGAGGUCGCCAGCGUCCCCAAGCAGUCCACAGAGACAGGCGGUCGCCCCGCCAGACAAAAAGGGUCAAACGCUGGCCUCUCCGACCAAAGGCGGUCCCCGUAACUUGAAAUUGCAGGGACCAGGAGAGUAUCCCAGCUUCCCCGACAUAUCGAUGCCUUCGCAUCCAGACACACCCAAUUCGGCGGCGCCGCUACGGUCGCGCAAGACGACGCUUCUCUGCGCCUGUUGCAGCACCGUCGUGGUGCUGGCGGCCACGCUGGUGGCCAUGUCUGUACUGGCAAAGAAGACGGGCUGGAUCGGCCACGCGUACUGUCACACGGACGACUGCAAGCGCGUCAACGCGAUGCUGCUGGAGGCGCGCAACGAGAGCGUCUCGCCGUGCGACAACUUCUACCAGCACGUGUGCGGCGGAUGGCCUCGCAACCACAGCGGCCUGUCCGUGUACGACGAGCACACCAACACGUUCAUGCGCAGGCUCGCCUCGUACCUGGUCACGACGGUGGUAGGCGACCAGGCGGGUCCGUCCGAGAAGACUGCGCGCUUCUACCAGACCUGCGUGACGGUCGUGGUGGACGGGCGGGACCAGACCAAGGAAUUCCAGGAGGCCUUCCGGCAAGCGGGCGUCUACUGGCCCCGGUUGGGACCGAAGGACGACGACGCCUACGUCGUCGCUGCCAGCGUCUACGCCCACUUCCUAUUCGGCUCGAUGCUCGAGAUCCGAAGAGUCGAGUCGUUCACCGGCGAGGUGUACCUCAGCGUCGCGCCGGGCAUCGCCAUCUUCAUAUGGAGGCGUAACUGGGUCUUGUUCCUGAACAGCUCCGACGACAGCGUCUAUCGCAACUACUACGCCAGGUCACUCACCGCGUACGCCUCGGACAUGACGGGAACGGUGGACUUCGACACCUUCGUCCAGAUUGAGAACAAGGUGUUCGCCGAGCUUCUGUUCCCCGGCCGUUCAGCGGGCAGCCAGACGCUGGAGAGUAUGUCCAAGCUGGAAGACACUAUGAGGCCGUACAGCGCGAGAAAGCUGAUCGCGUUCGUCGCGCAGACCUACAAUAUGACCCCGUCGACACCGGUGCACGUGAAGGGACUCGCAUACAUGAAGAAAUUCGGUGAACUCCUGGAGGAACUGGGGGACGACAAGGUCAUCUUCUACCUCGGCUGGCUGCUACUGCAGCGCGCACUAAUUCUCGUGAAAGCAGAAAGGCCCGCGUCAUACGCUCGUGCGAUGGCGCAGUUGAUGUGGCGUGCUCUGGACAGGCGCACGAACGCCCUGUGGUACGAGUACUUCGGAGCCAGGGUGUCGGCGCGCAUCUCGAGACCCCAGGAGGUCGACUGCCUGGAGCUCACCGAGCUCAUGCUCGGCUGGGCGCUGUUCUACCGGUUCACGCGCGACGCGAGCGGCAAGAACACCGAGAUGGUGGGCGCCAUAGCCGAGACUCUGGGCGGGGCAUUCAAGCAGCAGCUCGCGUACAACAAGUGGCUCGGCGACAUAGGCCUCACCGAGAAGAACUUCACGGAGCUUCUGUUCUACCGGAAGCGGUUCUCGGAGGCCAAGCUACGUCAGCGGCUGGCCAACGUGACGGACAUGACCGACUCGGUCGUGGCCAACUUGGUCUCCGUGGCCCAAACGAGGCGCAUGAUGUCCGAGGCGGAUUGGGACGACAUGCGCACCUUCUACAUGUGGGACAUGCGAACCGUGGACAAGUACUCGCUGUACAACAAGGAGCGCCACAGCCUGCGAGCGCUGCCCCUGUUCGGGGAGCUGCCGCUGUUCGGCGAGGGUUCGACGGACGCCGCAAACUACGGCGCACUGGGCACGCUGAUCGGGGCGGCCGCCGCCGAAUUGAUCGUCGACAGGGCUCCGAAAGAGAGUAAGGAGGUGUUGGAAAGCCGGCUGAGUUGCUACUACAACAAGUCGGCGAUUACGCCCAAAGCACGAGACCCCCUCUACCGGUCGGCGGCUGUCGACAUCGCGUACCAGGCAUUCGACGCCGACGCAACCAAUAGACAGGACCUGAAGGACUUCAAACGCGACCAGACUUUCUUCCAGAUGAUGUGCUACCUGACGUGCGAGGGCAAUCCGAAGGACAUCCCGGAUGCGGAGCUAAACUGCAACCAAGGAAUUAAGGACAGCCGUCACUUCGGAAGGAUAUUCGGCUGCCCGCUCGGGUCGCCCAUGAAUCCUAAGGACAAGUGCCGCUUGUUCAGCUGA